AUUCAGGUAAUAUCACAGAGUGAGCAGUGUCUUUGGCUGACGCUUAAACCUUUGUAAUCCUUAAAAAAGCUUUAUCUGGAUUUAAAUGCAUGCAGGAUGUCUGUGUCAUUACCUCCUUGAGUUUUGUGCUGUUCGACAACAGGAGACUUUUUCGCCUUUAGAUUCAAAUAUUUUUUCAGCAUGGGGAACAGCAAAAGUGGAGCGCUUUCCAAAGAGAUCCUAGAAGAACUACAACUCAACACCAAAUUCACCCAAGAGGAACUGUGCACAUGGUACCAGUCCUUUCUCAAAGAGUGUCCCACGGGAAGGAUCUCCAAACAGCAAUUCGAAGGCAUUUAUUCUAAAUUCUUUCCAGACGCAGACCCCAAAGCCUACGCCCGCCAUGUAUUUAGAAGUUUUGAUGCAAAUAACGAUGGCACCUUGGACUUUAAGGAAUACAUGAUUGCCCUUCACAUGACAUCUUCUGGCAAAACAAAUCAAAAACUGGAGUGGGCGUUUUCCUUAUAUGAUGUUGACGGUAACGGAACUAUCAACAAAUUAGAAGUUCUUGAAAUAAUUACGGCCAUAUUCAAAAUGAUAACUACUGAAGACCAGAAGCAUCUACCAGAGGAUGAAAAUACGCCAGAUAGGAGAACAAAUAAAAUAUGGGAUUUCUUUGGAAAGAAAGACAAUGAUAAACUCACUGAGGGUGAAUUCAUCCAAGGCAUCAUGAACAACAAGGAAAUUCUUCGCUUAAUUCAGUUUGAGCCCCAGAAAGUAAAGGAAAAGCUAAAAGAGAAAAAGCAUUAAAUGACGAGCCCCAGCCAAAAACCAAUUUUCCUAAGACUGUUCAAUUCACAAUGUUACCUACUUACUAUGCUAUCAAGGCCAUCACAGAUUCCAGCAAUAUAGGAACUGAUCUGAAACCCUUGUUGUCCUUAAUCUACAUUAACACAAUACUUUCAUGUUGUGCUCUCUCUCUCUCUCUCUCUCUCUCUCUCUCUCUCUCUCUCUCUCUCUCUCUCUCUCUCUCUCUCAUAAUUAGGGCAACUAAUAAUCCUUAGAUUAUGGUUGAACCUUCUUACACCGUGAAGGUCAUAGACUAUAAUCUUAUUUCAUUAACUGCAACUCUAGGCUCUGUGUAUUUAAUACUUAAAUAUCUGGAGAAUGUAGAUUACUAAGGAAUAAAUAUUAUUCCAGCUAUAAACUUUAGUAAAUAUACAGAUAUGUCUUGCAACAUUUGCUUAUAAUAAUUCACUAUUAAGAAUGGAACUAAAACUACAUGAUCCGCUGGGAAUAGUCACAAGUAUAUUUGUUUAAAAUCACUUACGUAUUGUUUAACCAGAACAAUAACAGAUAUUUUAUACAAAACAAAAAAUAUAUAUAAAUGCAAAAAUAAAUCGUUAUAAUAAAAAUAAAAAAGUAUAAGAAUGUACAUUAAUAAUGUUAAAACAUUUAAACAAGUAUAUUAAUAUAGUUUAUUAAUAUACAUCACCCUGAUGCUUGUUUAUGGUGCUUAUGUCUUCUUUUUUUGUAAAGUUCUCAUGAGCUCGGACCCAACCCAAAUACCCGGAAUUGUAUAUUUAUUUAUUUUUUCCUUUAUUUACUUUUAUUUUUGAAUUCAAGGUUACGAAAAAAGAAAAUUGGCUGUAUUAAAAGUAAAUAAGAAAUAUAUAUACAAUACUUUUUAAUAGUCCCUAUUUUUAGCAAAUUCUCCACAGGUAAAUCUCAGAGGAAAAUAUGAACUUUUUGCAGGAAAGAUAAUGGGAGAUAAAUAAUGUACUUGUGUUUUCUCUGCUAUUAGUGUGAUUGAAUUAUUUCAUGAGACCAAUUAAAGUGAGAAUUGUUUUAAAAAAAAU